AUGCCAUCUAGGCGUCGACCCGCGCGACUGAAGGGCAGAGGCACGGUCGUCCUGUCCCAAGCUCCGAUCGUCGAUGAGGAUGAGGAGGAAGAUCCACUGGCUUUCUCACCUCUGAGGAAAAGGUCGAGACACCGCAUAUCGAGUAGAAUCGAGGACAGGGCUGGUCCAAGUGGUUGGAAGCAUGCAGAUGAAGGGGAUGAGAGGGAUUUGGUACCGCCGUCGGAUGAUGAAGAAUACAUGAUUUGGCGACAGGUCAAGGCGACCCAAGCGAAAUCAAUGGAUGGCUAUCAACGGUCGAAGGAUCCAGGGGAAGAUGAUUUCGGUGUGCAAGAGACUCAUUCCGCUGAAGGUGAACCUCAGACUUUGUCAGACUGGACUUCGCAGACUUUGCCCCUGACGCAGUGUGAUGGAGCCAUCGGCAGCGAAAGCGGUUCGGACCAGGAUGAUCCGACGGAUCAGGAGGGACAUGAUGAUAGCUUAUGGCCCAGACUCUUCUCAUCGCCGAGAACACCUAUGGAUCUACCAGCGCGAAGUCCAGUUCACAUCGAAAUUUCUAGCCCGAAGUCCCCGAAUGCUGUAUGCGAGAACGGUGACAUGGAAAGUGAGUUGGAAAGGCGAGCACCGACAACGGCGCCACUUGUAGCUUCAGAGCAUCCGUUGCAGAAGCCUAUGGAGGAAGAAGAAGCCGAUGCGUUAGUGACAAACCCAUCGUCUCGUCGUCCGACCUCGCCGGCUGCCUCAUUGCCGGCUGGAGACGAGACGACCGAUAUGGCGCCAGCAUGGAGGCCAACUGAUCCCGUAUCACUCUCUCCUCGUCCUAAGACAGGUUUUACUGGGGAUCAGGAUAGUCCACAAAGGCGAGCCUCAGCCAACGGUAGGGAGACUAUACCUCGUAACUCCUCUACAUCCGGAUCAGCUCUGGCCAAUCACUUCCGAUCUUCACAACCACUUCCCAACUCUCCACCGUCAUCCGAAACGGCCCCGCGUCCUCGGCGCUCCCCAAGCAUGGAAAGUCCCAUAGUCGCUCCCGUGGUUGCUCAUCCACUUUCACCGCCUCUUGAUUCUGAAUUAAGCAAAUUUCGGAACGCACGAACCUUUCGAACGAGGACCAUACUUCAGCUUCAACCUUACACCCGGGAGCGACAGAUCUAUGAAGCGGCUCUACGCAAAGGAGGCCUCAGGAGUGGUAAAAGGGUCGUUGCCGCCGCGAGGGAGGUGUCAAGCGAGGAGUCCGAAGAGGAAGGAUCAGCCGAGGACGAUGACGAAUCGCUGCAGGAUGAUCCCGAGCGUAUUGUCAUUGGCGAAACUGCUCCUUCUCCAGUUCCACCGAAAGUUCGGAAGCCGGUGGAGGUGCUUGGUAUCGAUCAUGAUGAGUUCUACUUGGAGUACGGCGAAAGGCCGGACGCUGAGAACGGAGAGGAUUUCAAGAAGCUGCAGAGAAUCGCUCGCGCUCGGCGAAGAGCUGAAAGGCUAGAGUGUCGCAAAGCAAGAAAAGCAGCGCAAGCGCGUGCAGAAUUCGAGGAUAUACUGCAGGAUGGCCAAGAUCAAUGCGAACAAGCUUCAACCUCUACUAGAAGGCACGAGAGGACGUACAAGAGGCGCAAGAGUGACACUGAGAGGCGCGCAACAAGCUCGUCGCGUUCCCAAGAGUCUGGGCAGGAAGACUCGCCCCUAAGGUCCACCUUGCGCUACCGCCACGUUGUCAACGUUGACACCCCUGAUCUUGUGCGUCGAAGUGUGGAAGCUGGACCAACUUCUCCCUCGAGCUCAAUACCUCUGGAGCUGCCAGACUUUGGCUAUGGAGAUAUGCCGAUAGACAUCGCUGAGGAUGAAUCUUCGCACUCAAGCGAGGCUCACAGUGAGGAAGAGGAGCUUGAUCGAAGGGAAAAGAUCGCACGACGUAUGAUGCCUGCCGUGAUGCUCAAACGGCUACAACGUGAAGAGGAGAAUCGGAAAAAGCGACAGGCACAGGCUGUCCGACGAGCAACACAGUUUUCACCCGCGGCACGUCGAGGUCGAGCAGUCGUGCGUCAGAACCGGGCUAAAGACAGUGCCUUGGACUUUGAUGACAUCUUCGACGAGGAAGAGGAAUCGCUCUCGGCGGAUGUACGCGCCACCCCAGCACGAAACUCAUCGAUUCAACGGGAGCUCAUUAUCGUGUCCGAUGAUGACACGUCCGACGGAUCUCAAGCUCACGAGGAUAAUGGGUACCAUCAGGCUUUGGAGAGGUUGUACGAAGGGGAUUUCGAGUCAAUAGUGCGGGGUACCUAUGCUGCCCGUCACGGGCACCGCAGGACGGCGAAGAGAUCUGGAGACCUGCAUCGAACGCACCGUUCACCUCUCCAAGUGAGGAGGAGAGUGGCUGGUGCACGACCGCCUCCUCGAUCACCAGUUCAAGCUACCCUAGGUCGGUACAUGGACAAGGAUACCGUGGACUCGCAGCGACAACGAAAAUCCUUCAACUCCAGAAAAGUGAAGGAUUCAAAGACUAAACAUUCCCUUCGAAAGCGACAAGUCCUACGGCUUCACGACAAUGUCAUCUUCUCAGAUGCAGAUAUCGGUUUUGACACUGGAGAUGGUUUCGACUUGUUAGCUGAACGCUCGAAUUCCGCACGUCCUGCUGUAUUGGAUGCAAGGGUCGGUCGAGCGAAGUCCUGGGCCAAUCUCGAUCGUUUCUCAGUCGACUUUGAUAUUCAGCCACUUCCAUCCGGGCUGUUUUGCAAGGAGGGCACGUUUGUGGGAGACGGCAAACUGGUGCAGCUCGUCAAGUGCAUAUUGGGGGACGCAUUGUGGACGGAAUCGGCAAGGACAUGCUCAUUCGGCGGUAUCGAGCUGGAAAGGGGAAUGACAACAGCAAGCCUGGAGUCCGUGGUGGCUAUACUUUUCGACGCUCUGCAAGCAAGAAUCAAAGCCAUGAUUGAUGGCAACGAGUCCGGUGAUGUCGAAGUCGGCUUCGUGGACUUUUUGGCGGCCUAUUUGAGUGAUCAUCUGUAUACCGAGAAUGAGGGAGCGAGAACGCUAAUCGCAACCUGCGUCGCAUCUCUCGGCAGCUGCUCGACGGCGCUCGACAUAAUCAUCUUCUCAGACAAGCGCAGAACACGAAACUAUCGUCGGACCUUGUUGGACGUUCGCUGGCAACUGUUCCGCUUAUCAUGUCACAUCAGUCCUCCGACUUCUGGCCCUGAGAUGAGCGGGGUCGUACUGCUCACUGGAGAGGCUCUGUUUCGCCAGUUGCUGGAUUGGGGAUUUGACAAGACCAUGGCUCCUCUGAAAAGCAUAAUCCUUGGUGAUGCUCCUGACGGCAGGAUCAGCGAUCCAUCUGUCCUCUACUGGAUCUCGGCGAUGCACACGGUCAAUGCCUGGGACCAGAGCCGCGGCUCCUCCGGCUCGUUCGAGACGCUGUUGAACAGUGCACUGGAUAAGACGUUCAAGUUUGACACAUUUGGACCCCUUGCGGCCGAGAGAAUAUGGUUCAUGACGUUUGGGAUUUGCGCGCUCUCUCAAUUCGAUGCAAAUGGGCGGGUCUCCAGCGUGUUUGAUCCGAUAGCAAGAUGGUCCAUGGUGAAGCGAGCAAUCUCACUUGUCCGAAUUGCCAACGACGAAGACUUGGAGUCUUCUGCGCCACGGGAACAACUUCUGGGUCGAGAUCGCUACAUAAAGACGAUCUUUGCGAGAUGCGUGAGACUGUCGACAGUAUGGAAGUGGAGCUUUGACAAGCAAGGCUUCUCCAUUAUCACCAGGGAUCUCGGCAUGAUCUUCAAGGAAAGGCAGUACCGCAACUUCCCCACUGAACCACCGAUCGACUUUCCGAGCUUCAUCACGCAGUACAAUAUGCCUCUUACUGCGCAAUCUGAAACCAAGGGGGAGACAGCAUUCGAUCUAUACUUGCGGCUCGUCUGCGUCGCCGCCUCCGAUGUCAUCUCAGCAGCCGAGAGUUUGGAAGCGGCUCAUCAAGCAGAGAAGGAUGUGCAGCGUUUGAUCCUCGCCGUGAUACCGGUCAGUCCGGUCAAAUUCAAUCGUCUCUUACCUCCAACUCCACACCAACUUGGCCAAUUGAUCAACCGUUACGCUGUCAUGACGGCCGCUUGCUUCUUCUCCCCUUCUCUCCUUUCUUGGUUGUUGGCUAAUUCCAAACGAUGGGCACCGUUCGAGCAAGCAGACUUUGAUUCGCGACAGAUUUGCAUCAGAGGAUUGAUGUACAUUGCUGUGGCGUGCAGACACCAUGGUGUACCUCUGCAACCCGUGGUCGCUAGGUUAGCGGAGAUGUUAUCCGCCCUGCAGGAAGAGCUCGAUCGCACUCGGCAAGUCACGCCAGCAUUCAAUACUCCCUCAAGAAAGGAGAUUGAAAGGACAAUGGUGUUAAUUGUUGCGUGUUUUCGCCAAAUCAUCGAGCAUCACACAUACGACCCGGAGAAGGUCAUCGACCCUGUGUUCCCAGAACCUUGUCUCUUGGAUCAGAGCUGGACAUCGAGAAUCUUCAAUCUUGAGUUGGGCAAGGAUACUGCUUGCGGCCUACAAGUCAUCGCUACGAUCCAAGCUUAUUUGGAUGCUCGUGCCCACGCUUUGCCUCUUUUGGCGAGACAGCGAAGAGAAGCUCGGCUGGAGAGUCAGGACGAGUUUUCGUUCGGGAUGGACAUUUCCGCCGCCGAUUUGAUGGCUUUGGGCGAUGAUAUGAGCGGAGAGAUUGAUCCAAUACAGAGACAGGACAACGAAUUCGCUCUGAUCAUUUCAAAUGUCAUAUCGCCGCAGAUCUACCGUUUAUUAUCAGAUAUGCUCCCUGCGGUAGAAGAAGACACGCCAAGCGUCAACGACCUGCAACGUCGACAAUCCUUUAUUGGCAAACUGACGCAAUGCUGGGUGGAUUGUGCUCAGGUCCUCGUCGUGGAACACCAUGCGGCGGACGGCUGGACCCCAUUUAUCGGACGCUAUGGCAAAGUGUCCUGGCAGAGAUUGCAGAGUGACACCGGACGCCUUAGUGUCGGGAUGCGAUUCAUGACUAGAGUCGCGGAGGGUGACCCGCGAGCAUUCACCCAAUACGAAGACGAUUUUCUGCCCCUGAUCUUCCAAGCUCUGAUCACCCCCCAGAUCACGAUCGAGCCUGAUUUUGUGGCUGCAAUUCUCAAAAUCCCUGGGCUGGGAGAUCACCCCCUCCUGCCCGGUUGGAGUUCCGCUGUUCUGAUCCGAGGCCAGCUCGAUGAAUCGCGCUUCCUCGAAGUCCGCGAGUCGCUCUUAGAGUCAACAUUCUCUGCCAUUCCAAGCGUUCUCAAGUCUCCUUACACCAAGACCAGCACAAAGACGCUCAUCUAUCGAUGCGUCAAUAUCAUGUUCUCCACCGCCGCUUCUCAUCUCAACUUUAUCGGUCAGAAGACUGUCAUCUUCAAGGAAUCAUACCAAGCAUUUAUAACGCACAUCGCACAUUCUGUACAAAACUUGGCAGGAGAAUAUCUCAACCCGCAUACAGUACCCUCAUUGAAGUCUCUUGUAUGA